AUGCCCUUUUUUGCUUUAUUUCACCUUUGACCAAAAACACUCGUAGAUUCAGCCUUCAAUUUAGGGUUUUACAUUUUGCCUUAAUUAUAUUCCUAAACACUGAAAAACACUGCAACUGAUAGAACACUAAGCAGUUGCUACCAUGGUCACCUUCAGGUUUCACCAGUACCAGGUUGUUGGGAGGGCUCUUCCCACUGAAACUGAUGUGCAUCCUAAGAUCUACAGGAUGAAGCUGUGGGCCACCAAUGAGGUCCGUGCCAAAUCCAAGUUCUGGUAUUUCUUGAGAAAGCUAAAGAAGGUCAAGAAAAGCAAUGGCCAAAUGCUAGCCAUCAAUGAGAUUUUUGAGAAAAAUCCUACCAAGAUCAAGAAUUAUGGAAUUUGGCUGCGAUAUCAGAGCCGAACUGGUUAUCACAACAUGUACAAGGAAUAUCGCGAUACUACUCUAAACGGCGCUGUUGAACACAUGUACAACGAAAUGGCAUCUCGUCAUAGAGUCAGGUCUCCAUGCAUCCAGAUCAUCAAAACUGCCACCAUCCCAGCUAAACUUUGCAAAAGGGAGAGCACCAAGCAGUUCCACAACUCCAAGAUCAAGUUCCCUUUGGUGUUCAAGAAGGUUAGGCCCCCAACUAGGAAGCUCAAAACAACAUACAAGGCAACCAAGCCCAACCUGUUUAUGUAAUUCUCAGUCAACCACAUUUACUUCUUGACAUCUUGAGGCUGCUUGAUUCAUUUAUAAACAUAGGAAGAGCAUAGAGAAGGUAAUCACAUAGCAACAAAGUACUUCACUACCUGCAACCACAGAUUGUCUGCAUUCUUUCAAGCUUAGAGUAUUGAGUUUUGGAAAGUUUGUGUUUUAUUUUGAUCAUUUUUGUUGAGCCCUUUUGCUUGCUUUCAUGAAUCAGCUCAGGGUUGGUUUUAAAUCAAGUGGUUACUUUUUGUUACACAUGCUGGUUUUUCAUUUCUUUAAUCUUUCCAUUCUAGUGACUGAAAAGGGUUUUUUGAAAGUUUCAUUCAAAUCGUAAUGAACUUGAUUAUUUCCCUAAAAUGAAGAUGUUAUCUUUGCUCGUA